GCUAUGGGCGGGCCAGACGCGCGGGGAUUGGCAGGGCGCGGUGAUGGGCGAGACAGGAGCGCCAGGAUUGGCGGGAUGUGAUGAUGGGCGGGCCGAGCGCGCGGGGAUUCGCGGGAUGUGGCGCGCUGCGUGUGAUCCUCUUUGGCCUGGGCACAACUGUCUGACAGAUAAAGCAAACCAAGAGUACAGCCAUGUUUUCUGAACAGGCAGCCCAGAGGGCCCACACUUUGCUGUCUCCACCAUCGGUCAAUAAUGCCACCUUUGCCCGGGUGCCUGUGGCAACUUACACCAACUCCUCACAACCCUUCAGGCUGGGGGAGAGAAGCUUUAGUCGACAGUACGCCCACAUUUAUGCCACCCGCCUCAUCCAGAUGAGACCCUUCUUGGUGAACCGGGCCCAGCAGCACUGGGGCAGUGAAGUUGAAGUAAAGAAGCUGUGUGAGCUGCAGCAUGGGGAGAAGUGCUGUGUAGUGGGCACUCUGUUCAAGGCCAUGCAGCUCCAGCCAUCCAUCCUGCGUGAGAUCAGCGAAGAGCACAACCUCCUCCCCCAGCCUCCUCGGAACAAAUACAUCCACCCAGAUGAUGAGCUGGUCUUGGAAGAUGAAUUGCAGCGUAUUAAACUGAAAGGCACCAUCGAUGUGUCAAAGUUGGUCACAGGAACAGUCCUGGCGGUGUUUGGUUCCGUGAGAGAUGAUGGAAAGUUUCUGGUAGAGGACCACUGCUUUGCCGACCUUGCUCCUCAGAAGCCUGCACCCCCUCUUGACACAGACAGGUUUGUGCUGCUGGUGUCCGGGCUGGGCCUGGGUGGAGGCGGUGGUGAGAGCCUGCUGGGGACUCAGCUGCUGGUAGACGUGGUGACAGGGCAGCUCGGGGAUGAAGGGGAACAGUGCAGCGCUGCCCACGUCUCCCGGGUUAUCCUUGCCGGCAACCUCCUCAGCCAUAGCACCCAGAGCAGAGAUUCUAUCAACAAGGCCAAGUAUCUCACCAAGAAAACCCAGGCAGCCAGUGUGGAAGCAGUCAAGAUGCUGGAUGAGAUCCUCCUGCAGUUGAGUGCCUCGGUGCCCGUGGAUGUGAUGCCCGGUGAAUUUGAUCCAACCAACUAUACACUCCCCCAGCAGCCCCUGCACCCCUGCAUGUUUCCACUGGCCACUGCCUACUCCACACUGCAGCUGGUCACCAACCCCUACCAGGCCACCAUCGAUGGAAUCAGGUUGGCCUGGAGCACCCCACAAGUACCAUAUGAGCUCUGGGCUGGCUGUUGUGGGUGGAGCAACAGCAGUGGCCCCCAGGCCAAGGGUCAGCAGAGCCUUGCCUUGCAGGUUCCUGGGGACAUCAGGACAGAAUGUUGUUAUCCCUUCUACAAAACUGACCCAUUCAUCUUUCUGGAAUGCCCUCAUGUCUACUUUUGUGGCAACACCCCCAGCUUUGGCUCCAAAAUCAUCCGAGGCCCUGAGGACCAGAUGGUGCUGUUGGUGGCUGUUCCUGACUUCAGUGCCACCCAGACUGCCUGCCUGGUGAACCUGCGCAGCCUGGCCUGCCAACCUAUCAGCUUUGCGGGUUUCGGAGCAGAGGAUGAUGACCUUGAAGGCCUGGGGCUGGGCCCCUGAUUUAAAGAGGCAGCCUGGACCAGGCCAUUUGCCUUUGCAAUGUGAGCCUUGUAAAUAAAGCAUUUAUGUUUACCGGUCUGAG